GAGAUAAGGGCAGCUGUUCAUGCGAGAGGAAAGAAGUUGAAUAAUUUUCAGGUCUAGAGGAACACAACAGUUCGGAAGCAACACUAAACAACAUUUUAGUGCUAGUGGAAAGUAGUAUCUGUCCUUCUUUGUGGUAAAGGGUUAAAAGAUAUUCCGAAAACAUUAACUUAUCAAACUACAACAAAACCUUCGUCUGAUAUUUGGAUUAUCAUCAUCACCGAUAUCAACAUGAAAAAUUCUUUCAACCGACAUGCCAUAGGAAAGAAAAUUUCUUUGGACUAUUCUCGUCAUCUUUGCGAUGAUUCAAUGACAGUAUUAACUAAAAGGCCUUCUAGAUCCUUCAGUGACACUGCCGCCAUCGAGUUUAUCAGAAGGAGAGCUCUUCAAGGAAGCACUGACUUUCAUGAAAAGGAUCCAAGGUUUGUUAACUCGGCGAGCACUGAAAGAAUUUAUCAACAAGUUUGCAAUAAGGACCAGUCAUUUCUUAACAAGUAUAGAGACAAGAACUUAAGGGUAGAGGCACACGGCCUACCAGAAACGAAACGUCCCGGCUGGACAAGUAGUUCGGACAGAAAUUCAGUCGUUAACCCGGCGAGCACUGAAAGAGUUUGUCAACAACAAGUUUUCAAUAAGGACCAGUCAUUUCUUAACAAGUAUGGAAACAAGAACUUAAGGGUGGGGACACACGGCCUACCAGAAACAAAACUUCACGGAAAUACAAGCAGCUCGGGAAAAAAUUCAGUCGUUCACGCGUUCACAAUAACUAGCAACGAUGACGAAACUCGAUCAUGUUGUGAUUCUGUUUCGUCGAUCAUUUCGAGUAACUUUGCUAACCCUGACGGGAAAGGACAAAGAGAAAGCAAAGUUAAUGGCCUUCCGGAUAAAAAAGAAAAGUUUGAUUCCAUAACAACGUGGCUUGAGAGCUUACCCAGACCAGUUUUAUAGUUUGUAUGUUACAAAAGCUGAAAGAAACGGUACAAGCAUGCUUGUAAAGAUCCUCGAAAUCACCCGAGUAGAACACGUGUUAACAAGGUGGUCGUCACUUGUUAAAUUUUAAAAGGGUAGCAUCAGAUCCCGUUAAUCGGAUGAAAUUAUCUUUUUACCAGAAACUAAAUUUUUGUUUCAUUACACCAAGAAAUACCGAAUUCUUUUUUGAUGUCUCUCUGAACAGUAUUGUAAACAAAACCAUAGAAUUUGUUUUUGCUUCAGGCCUUGUGCUAACGGGUAAGUCUUUUGUUUGGUUUAAGAGUCUGAAAUUCCAUGUGGGUCAUUUUGAAUCAUCUAGAUCAUUUAUGGAAAUAAAAACCGCUAAAGUCACGAAAGGAAGGUCAUUUUUGGCGCAUUACACCGCAAAUCGUGUCGGCCGCCUAACAAAAUCAAUUCAACAGUCUUGAUUGCAGAAUAGUUAUGACGGCAUGAUUUCUCCAAUUAUGACUUUGGUUUUAUUCAAUUAGAACUUUAAGCUCAAUGCAUUGUCAUAAAAUACAAAUAAAACUUCUUCCUGCCCCUUGUUUUUAACAAACCGAUUUUAUUAAAUUGAUACAACGUA